GGCCAAUCAGCGCAUUGCUUUCCAGAACGUGAUGUCGGUGCCAGCCCGAGGGACUGCUGCGGUGGCGCUGCGACCAGCGCUCCAAGCUCUGAAGCACCGCGCUGAGAUUGCGCUAGAGAAGCGGUCAGGUGACGUCGUUGUCUUUAGCAAGAACCUCAGCGACCGUGACGUCGGCGUCACCGACGUCAGCUUCGAGCACCGCCAGAACGAAAAGCAUGUGAGCUUGUAUUUUACCUCAAAACCCGAGGGACUUCUGGCCUACCGCCACGCUGCAGCCAAGGUAUCGCACAUUGAAGGUGUCGACCUGCAAUACACGCCCCAGUUUGGGCAGUCGCGCAUCUCAUUUCCAUGGCACACGUUUUGGGCGCUCGCCGAGACGGAGCAGCUUGGACAACUCUCGCCACGCGGGGAGCCGUUGUUGCAACUCACACCCCGGGACCUCCACGAUGCCAUGGAUCCGUAA